ACGCAUGACUUGGGUCAAAAGUAAAACCAACGAUACAACGUUGUCAUUUUGCAGCUUGAAAAAGAAACAGAGGUUGCAAACUGGAGAAGAACUAGACGAGAGAAUGCAAUGCUUAAAGCAUCCUAUCUAUUUCCCUUUUCGUCGAGGCCACAGUGUUAAACCAAUUCACUUUCAUGCAUUCUAACAUAGUAACGUGCAUCGUUCUCUAUCACCGGAAUGCACGAACUCCAAACAUUACAGAUCGCAGCUUUUAGAGGAAUUAAGAAAGGGAACAGUCCAAAGGAACAAAGUAGUGCAGGUGCAUCACGGAGACGGCAAUUUAUAUUACACAUGCCGUCACCUUGGCAUUUUCGUGCAAUGGUAGAGGCCGGGACCGAGGAAUGCAAUGUCAACAAAGAUUGCCCAGCCGGGAAGUUUUGUGAUGUUCAUACAUGCAGGGCAUGUCUUCACGAUCGAGCAGCCUGUCAUUUCAUUGGAACCUGCUGUGAAGGAUACGCUUGUCAAUAUGGCCAAUGCACUAAGGGCAUACAGGAAGGGGAGCCUGGUACGUAUUGCGACAGGACUUCGGAUUGUCUCGGCAAAGAAUCGUGCUGUAUUCGAGAGAUUUCUGUUAACCCACACACGUCCAUGUGCAAGCCAAUGCUAAAUGAGUUUGAGUCGUGUGGCCCAAUCAAUUUGUUCCACCAUGUUUAUACAGGUGGUAUGGUAGAACCGGAUUGCGGACCUUGUAAAGUUGGGCUCCAAUGUAAGAAUGUUGGAACUAAAGGCCUUCACUUUAUUUGCCUCAAAGAGGACGAGGAAUGACGCAGAUCAGAUCUGAUUUUUAACUAGUCGAGCACAUAAACUGCUACGAUAGUCUCGCACGUGAAACUCUUGGCCCACACAAUGGAGAGUGAAACUCGGUUGAUGCUUUUUGCCGAAUCUCUCAUAAUGGAGUAGAACGUUUCAAACGUCGUUACAAUGUGUAAAUAAACUAAUCAACACCGAAAAACUCUCGGUAUCUCAAAAUAAAUUCUCUCUUCUCUCUGCUAUACUGUUACUUGUAUAUUUUUAUGGAGAAUUUGGUUUCACAUCAAGAAGAACCUAAGAUACAAAACACACCCAAAUGAUAGAGAGUCGUUACGAGAAGUUAUGUGGAAAUCUCCUCGAGGAGGUGGGCACGGAAUAACGGCAAAGGGCACUUGUUCUGGGCACUUCCAAUGAAGAAGACUAGAACUAUACCCGUCGAUAUAUUGGUCAAUCUUAUCAUGACAAUACUGCAAUAGCCAGACUUCUCACCGUCGAUUAGUCAGAAAAGUUAGACCUGGUUACCAAACUGUUGCACUACUUAGCGAGAUACUAAAUUAGAAUCCCAAUUAAACCUGUGCAUUUAGCUCACGCGUAAAAUCAACGGGAAUAAGCUUCUUUAACACAUCGCCGCCUAAGCUGAAAACAACUGAGCCAAGUUAGUCUCUCAUGCAAGCCUCACACAUUAGAGUUAUGUUUGGUAAUUCGUU